AUGCCUACAGCAAUCAAAGCAACUUUGGAUGGCAUAACAACAGACACCAGCAACCUCGAAGGGACAUUACCAGAAUGGGAGAAAAACAGCAGGGAUGUACAGAUACCUUCUUGUUUUAGCAAGAUUCCCCAAGAGCCUGGAAAGAAUUUCCCUCACACCAAACAAGUUGGGACUUACCUGGUGGGCAAAAUGAUCAACAAAGGUUCCUUUGCCAAGGUGAUGGAGGGACUACACAUCCCCACAGGGGAGAAGGUAGCCAUAAAAGUCAUUGACAAGAAAAAAGCCAAGCAGGAUUCCUACGUUUUAAAAAAUAUGAAGCGGGAGCCCCGGAUACACCAGAUGAUUAAGCAUCCUAAUAUUGUUCAGCUAUAUGAGACUUUGGAGACUGAAAAGUCCUAUUACAUGGUGAUGGAACUAUGCCUAGGUGGAGACCUCAUGGACAGAAUCUGUGACAAAAAGAAACUGGAAGAAAGGGAAGUAAGGGAAUAUACCAGGCAGAUCAUGUCUGCAGUUGAACAUCUGCAUCGCCAUGGGAUUGUCCACAGGGAUCUGAAAAUUGAGAAUUUUCUUCUGGAUGAAAACAACAACAUCAAAAUCGUUGAUUUUGGACUGAGCAAUACUAUGAAGUUUGAGGGUCUCUCUCAGGAGCUGUUGAACACCCAGUGUGGAAGCCCAGCCUAUGCUGCCCCAGAACUCCUAGCUCAUAAGAAAUAUGGCCCAAAGGUGGAUGUCUGGUCCAUAGGGGUUAGCACAUUUGCUAUGCUAACUGGCACACUGCCCUUCAUUGUGGAACCAUUCAACAUCAAGCAACUACAUCAAAAGAUGGUCAGUGGUGAGAUCAGUCCCAUUCCAUCCAGUAUCUCUUCUGGAGCUGUGCACUUCAUGCAUUCCUUACUUGAGCCUGAUCCUGCUAAGCGGCCUGCUGUUAAAGACGCAAUGAAAGACAAAUGGCUGAAUGAAGUAUUCAUCAGGAAACCACUGAAUUCUAUUACAUAUAAAAAUAGACUUCGUCCUGAUGAACUGAACCCUGUUGUUCUAAACUACAUGACAGAAACAAUGGAGCUCAGGCUUUCAGAUGUUAUCGAUGUUUUGAUAAAUAACAAACCAUCUUCUAUCAUGGCUUCUUAUUGCUUAUUACUGAAGAAGUUGGACAAGUAUCACAAAGCACACGAAACAAUGAAGAGGGAAAAUGUAAUAGAAAAAUGUGAUGGCAAACCUCCUAGAAACCUGAAUCAAGAUGCAGAUAUUCAGAUUUCCCAAAAGGCUGAAUUGGUCAUAACAGAAAACCUCAACAACUAUGACAAUAAGACAUUUCCUUCUGCAUUAACCCCAGCAAUUCCAGAUGCCAUUCAAGAAGAUGAAAUUGCAAUUACUUUAGAUAACCAAGAAAAGUUACCAGAAGUUUCCAAGUUUGCAGAUAGAGAAUGGGUUCAUCUUGAACCUCCGAAAUCACCAAAUAAAAAUAAUUCAUGUGAGCCAAUGAAUCAGCCACUUUUGGAUCUGCAGGAGAAUUUGGAUGAUUAUAAAGACUUAGUUGAAGUGAGGAAAUCAUAUCUUCCUGAGAAACCACCUCCUACAUUAGUAAAUAACCUAACAGAUUCUGCAAACCACCAGACUCAAAGAUCUGCAAUGUCAUGUACAAGCAGAGUAACACCACGGUCUCUAACAGAAAAUAGAGUUGUAGACCAUAGUCCUACACCUCAUCAGGACACAAGAUUUAAAGACCUUCUCAAAGCAAUGGAUGAGACCACUCCAACCCCAACAUGGUUGUAUUCAGAAAAGGAAAGUCCUAAUCUACUAAUGAUUGAAACACCACAACUUUCCCCUUUACCCAGGCUGAGACAAGCUGCCUGGAGAGACACCAUAGUUAAAAAGAUUUCAUGUUUGGGAACAUCACAGCAACAAACAAGUGGCUCCCCUCCAUUUUUGGUCAAUGGCUCAAGACCACCAAUUUCCCCUAUAUCCCAACAGCAAACACAUAUGGUAAGAAGUUUGAGGCAAUCUAAAGAAAAUCCAAGAACCUUUUUCAACAACAACAUGAAGAUUAAGAGAAACUUAGUCCAACUGAAGCAUACCCAUAAAGUUACAGACCUGAAUCUUCCAGUAUUAUCUCCACCCUACCAAACCAGGUCAGGGAAAAAGUCUGAGAUUUUAAGGUUAGAUUUUGCAUAAAUACAGUGCACAGCAAUAUAAGAGAAAAAGGAGGGGUGUGUGUGUGAGAGAGAGAGAGAAAAUAACAGCAUCUAUAAACUUUCCACAAAGUAUAAAGCUGAUAGGUUUUAGCUGAAUACCAUGAUGUCACAUGAUGUCAAAGUCUGUUUAAUGUAGAUGCAAAAUUUGAGGUUGUAAGAAGACGUGAAAUUCUGUGGCCUGCGUUGUGCAGGAGGUCAGAAUAGAUUAUCAUAAUAGUCCCUUCUGACCUAAAUACCUAUGAAUCUCUGAAUCUAUAAGACAAUUCACAAUAAUAUUUGAUUGUGAAUUUUUUGUGUCUAUAUACAUUGUUUGCACCCAAACUGUGGAUCACUGUGUUAGGGCAAAAGAUCCAGAAAAUGAAACUGACUAGUCUAUUUUGAUUGUCCUAGCUGAAUACAGAGCAAAUGUAAACAAAUUGUUAUAAGGAUGGAAAACUAGAUUUUAAAAAUCCUCUUUCCAUUUUAAUAAACUAUAGCAUUAGUAAGACAUGUCAGGAAUUUUUUUAUAUUAGCUAUAUGAAUUUUAACCAGUGGCACUUUAACCCAACUAUGUUCCAAAACAGAGAAGACCAAAUUUUGCAUCCAGCUUCACUGCAUUAAUUAAUUAAUUAGGGCUAUACACAUGUGACAAAGUAAAAUGUAUCCCUUUUGUUUUAAAUUCCAAUGAUUCAUCCUCCUUAUUUACAUUUCCUUUUUCUUAUUAGUAGACUUUGGGCCUAAUUCUCUUCUCAACCCAAUAUAACUUCCUUGACGUCAGGAGUUACUCUUCAUUGAUACUUGUGUGAGCAAGAAGAGAAUCAGGUUUUGUGUUUGCAGCUUUGCAAUGUCUAUGUGAGGUGUGAGCAUACAAGUUAAGGGUUACAAAGGAUUUCUAAACUGUAUUUGUGUAAGCAGUGCAUUGUGUGUCAUCUUGUCAAGAUUUGCCCUCCCAUAUUUCUACCAACAUGACUGCCAUACAGAGAACACACUGGGAAGGUCUUUGGAGGGAGAUAAAGAAUGAGUCUAAAUGUGAAAAAUGUGUAAAUUUCAAAUACCAGUGUGUAAGAUCUGUAUAAGAUCCAGCAGUCAGAAAGACUGUGCAGCCACUUGUGAAUUCUGCUGUUUUUUUUCUGAGAGAUGGACAAAUUUCACCUCCAAGAGCAACAAUAGAGUAUAAUAUUUAGAGUGAUACAAAGAAGGUAUAUCCAUGGAGCCCACAGUAAUUGAAUUGAGUGCUCAAGAGCCUUAUUCUGCCCUGCCCGGGCCAAGAUUCAGGAAGAGUAUCCCUAUGCAGGAUAGCACUUAAGCACAUGCUUCAGUUCCCCAUUGAAGGCAAUGGAACUUGAGCAUAUAUUGAAAAUUAAGCAUGUGAAUAAGGGCUUUCCUGAACUAGGGCCACACAUGUGUGUAACUCCGAGAAUUGGGCAAUUAGCUUAUAUAUUAUCUUCAUUAUUAAAGCUGGAUGGAUAUUUCACAGCCAAACUGGCUUUGUAAACAUUUCCCCCCUAAUUUACAAAAUUUUGUUAAUUCAUUCUAAGCUUGUCAAUCUUGUAGUCAGUUUCCUAAGGUUUUGUCAGAAAAAAGGGGGGGGGGGAAAUAAACAAGAUUUGACUCCAUUUUUUGGUAAAAGUAGGCUGGUGGACUAGGGUUGCCAAUUUUCUAAUCAAACGAAACCAAACAUCCUUGCCCCGUCCCCUGCCUUGCACUUCUCCGAGGCCCUGCCCCUUCUCUGAGGCCCCACCUCUUGCUCAUUCCAUCCCACCUCCCUCCAUCGCUCACUCUCCCCCACCCUCACUCACUUUCGCUGGGUUGGGGCAGGGAAUUGGUGUGCGGGAGGGAGGUCUCCAGCUGAGGGUGCAGGCUCCAAGGUGGGGGCAGAAAUUAGGGGUUCAUGGCUCCAGUGUGGGGCAGAGGGUUGGGGUGUGGAAGAGAGUGCAUGCUGCGGUUGGGUGGUGCUUACCUCAGUUGGCUUCCGGAAUCAGAUAGCAUGUCCAGCUCCUAGGCGGAGGGGUAUCCAGGGGCUUCUGCACGCUGCCCCUGUCCACAGGCGCCACCACAGUAGCUUCCGUGGGCCGUGGUUCCCAGCGGCAGCAUUCAGAGCUCCCAUGGCCAGCCCUCUGCCUAGGAGCUGGAUAUGCCGGCUGCUUCCAGGAGCCACGCACCGCCAACUGACAUUUUAGCGGCCCAGUCAGCAGUGUUGAACAGAGCCGCCAGGGUCCCUUUUCGACUGGGCAUUCCGGUCAAAAACUGGAUGCCUGGCAACCCUAUGGGGGACAGUGGUGACAUACUAAAUAUAUGGUUCUGCUGGCGGAGAGAAGGCAAGCAGCAGUGUCUUCUAAGAAAUGCAGACAACAACAAAUAAGAAAAGAUGUUAAAAAUGUAAGAACCUCCAUUUUCGUGCACCACUGGUUUUCCAGAGACCCUGACUGUACCUCAUGCCUCCCUUAGUUAUAGGGUUUUAGGCCCUGUUUCAGCACGGUACUCACACGCGCAUGCCUAACUGUAAGCAAAUGAGUAGUGCCCUGAACCUGAAUUGUGAAAUGUCAGAAUUUUUACUUCAGUGGGACUACACAUAUGCUUAACGUCAGGCAUGUGUUAAGUACCUUGCUGACACAUGGCUUUACUGCCUACCUAAGGCCUGAUUCUGCAAACACGCACUUGGGUAACUUUUCAGGGGACUACUCAAGUUAUCCAAAUGUGAGUUUGAAGGAAUGGACCCCUAGUUUACAUAUAUCAUGUUCCAAACAAUUAUUUGAAAUACAGAAGUCAAAGGUGGCAUUUUAAAAUCUUAAAGAGGAAUUCCUAAGUGCUAACACAGUAUUUUUCAGAAGGCAUAUGGAAAUGGAUAAAGGCAGCCAGAUACAGCAUAUUAAGUUCUGCUCUCAGUUGCACUCAUUGACUUCAAGAGAGUUGCCUGGCAUAACUGAAAGCAGAAUAUGGCCUUGUAUGUGCAUCCUGUUGCUCCACAUGAGUUGUACACAAUAUAUCAACUUAAGUUUCUUAUUUGCUUACAUCCCGUGCAACCCCAAGUAGACUAAUGACAUAGGUCAGCUCACAAUUUGUACCACUGUCUUUCUGAUUUUAUACUACAGACCAGGUAUAAAACAGGUCAGCAGUUACACAUGAAUUCUGACCUGCUUGAAGGACAGAAUGAUUGUGCCUUCCAGGAAACUUUGCUGUAUAAAGUGUGGCAGCCAAAAAGUGCUAUUGCUAAAAAGGCAGCCAAGGACUUUAAGAGCUAAAAGUUCACUUUUUACUUUACAAAUGUUUUUAAAUCAAAAUAUUUCACAUUGUUACAUACAGAAAACGUAAGUAGACAACAUUCAGUGAGGACCAACAAACUGCCUUGGGGCCACAUUGCCAGCCCCUCACUCCACAACUGACUCCUGUGGGGUCACUUCUGGUAUGGGGUACUAGUCAGUGGGAGUAAGAGUUUCCAGCCCGCCCUUAAAGUGUUAAUUUCUCAACAUUAAUAAAACCCAUUAGAACAGAUAGUAAAAUUGUUUUGUGAAAAAUUUGUCCCUUACUUUUAAAUUUAAAAAAUGUUUUUGACCAGCUCUAAAAAUUACAUCAUCAUAUUUUUUAACAUAGGACCAUGGUCUAAUACCCAUACCCAUGAGAUAUAUAUAUAUUGCAUCUUACCUAUCAACUAGAACCAUUGAUUUGUGGUCCAGUGGUUAGGAUACUGGCCUAGGACUUGGCAGACCUGCAUUCAAUUUCCUGCUCCACUACAGACUUCCUAUGUGAUCUUGGACAAGUCACUGAGCCUCUCUGUGCCUCAAUUCUGUAAAAAUGAGUAUGAGAGCACUUUCUUACCUCCCAGGGGUAUACUAGGACUUUAGGUCGAAUUUAGCAGCGUUAAAUCGAUGUAAACCUGCACCCGUCCACACGAUGAAGCCCUUUAUUUCAACUUAAAGGGCUCUUAAAAUUGAUUUCCUUACUCCACCCCUGACAAGUGGAUUAGCGCUGAAAUCGGCCUUGCCGGGUCGAAUUUGGGGUACUGUGAACACAAUUCGACGGUAUUGGCCUCCGGGAGCUAUCCCAGAGUGCUCCAUUGUGACUGCUCUGGACAGCACUCGCAACUCAGAUGCACGAUUGUUUGCCGUUGCUCUGACGCAGGGAGGGGCGACUGACGACACGGCUUACAGGGUUGGCUUACAGGAAGUUAAAAUCAACAAAGGGGGUGGCUUUACAUCAAGGAGUAUUUCAGGCAGGACUUCAUGGAGGGUUCCAAUAAGAAAUGGUGCACCUAAGUUAUUGUUCUUAUUGGAACAAGAAGGUUACUCUGGCCUCUGAUUGAUACAUGGCUAGAUUUACCUCGCUGCACCUUCUCUGUGAGUGACUGCAGUGUGACCUAGAGGAAUGAGACCCCUAAACAGAGGUGGCGGGGGGGUUGCAAAUAAGUACAAAACAAAUCUGGUCUAUUUCUUGUUUUGAUCCACUCCAUCUAUCUUUUACAUCUUUGGCUGGCAGCAGACAGUGCAGAAGGACUGCAUGCCAUCCACAUCUCAUGGCUGCUCAGCAGAAGAUGGUACAAUAGGACAGCUAGCCAUCCUCAUCUCUUGCCUGCCCAGCAGAAGAUGAUGCAAUAGGACUGCUAGCAAUCCGUAUCACCUGCCUGCUCACCAUAAGAUGGUUCAAUAGGACUGACUGCAGGACUAAAGAGAAUGACCUGAUCAAGUCACUCCAAAUUUAGUCCCUGCACCCAUCUCUGCCCAGGCGCUCCUGAUGGACCUCACACAGGCGACCAGGAGCACCUCGGACAUGACAAUGACGGCUACCAGUCCUAUUGCACUGUCUGCUGCCACAAGGCAAUGGGUUGCUGCUGCUGUGUACCAAUGCAGUACCACGUCUGCCAGCACCCAGGAGACAUACUGUGACAGUGAGCUGAGCGGGCUCCAUGCUUGCCGUGGUAUGGCGUCUGCACAGGUAAAUCAGGAAAAAAGGCGCGAAACAAUUGUCUGCCCUUGCUUUCAUGGAGGGAGGGAGGGAACGGGGGCCUGACGAUAUGUACCCAGAACCACCCGCGACAAUGUUUUAGCCCCAUCAGGCAUUGGGAUCUCAACCCAGAAUUCCAGUGGGCAGCGGAGACUGGGGGAACUGUGGGAUAGCUACCCACAGUGCAACGCUCCGGAAGUGGACGCUAGCCUCGGUACUGUGGAAGCACUCCGCCGAGUUAAUGCACUUAGAGCAUUUUCUGUGGGGACACACACACUCGAAUAUAUAAAACCGAUUUCUAAAAAACCGACUUCUAUAAAUUCGACCUAAUUUCAUAGUGUAGACAUACCCUAAGGAUGGUAGUAUCUAGCCAUGGCAUAUGAAAGAUCUGCUGUCUCAAAUAAAACCAAACUUGUAUUCAUUAUGCUCAGUCACUGGUAGCAGUCUUUUCUUUUUUCUAUAUUUCACGUAUCAAAGCUGUGCGCAUCUAUUCUGCUUUCAUGAGGAGCAUCUCUAAAAUCUGUGCCAUAAGAAGUCAGUGUAUAACUAUAUACAGUUGGAGUUUUUUCAAUUAUUAUUGUUAUAACUAGCAGUGCUUAACUGUACCAUUGUGUUUACUAUGAGCCAGAGCUGACUUCAGUGGGACUGCUCAUGGUGUAAGGUACUAUUCAACAUGAGCAAGAGAAUCACAAUCUGUCCCUUAGGGAAAUGGAAAGGACACUCAAAUUGAUUGUAUGGGUGCAAAAUAGUAUUAAAGUUAAAAGUGAAAUGGAAAUCUUUAAA